GCAGCAGCAGCUACAGGUUGCUAUGAAGUUGGUGGAGAUGACACGUCAGCUGUCUGGAAAAAACAAACACAAACUGCAACUCCUGGUUAUAUAGGACAAUAAUAUAAAUCCCAUUUAACCGCGCAUUGCCGAUUGUCAAUGUAUUACAGAAGUGAAAAUGUACUGAAGACUAAUAAGAGUCACGCACGGCGCUACUGUAGCAUCACGCAUGUUGAGAUUGAGAGAUAGUUCAGCUUCAUCCAAUCUGGACCCGUCCGAGACCACCCACAGAAGAUGAUCAGCCCAGUAGCGCGGCGUUAUCGUAGAUGAGCGCGGUUACCGGACCGGAGCUUUUGUCGUCCGCACCCUGAGCGCUGAGCAGCACACACAGGGACAUGUCGUCCCCGUCGCCGGUGCAGAUCCGAGAGGCGAACGCGCACCUGGCAGCGCUGCACAGGCGGGUCACAGACCUGGAGCAGAGGCUGGAAGAAGCGGAGAAGACCGUGCGGGAGCAGGCGGAGAGUCUCAUCCGCAAAGAUGAGCAACUGAGAGCUACCACGCAAGACAUCACGGAGGCCAAGGACAAAGAGAUUUUCUUCCUCCACGAGAAGCUUUGUCAAUCUGAGGAAUCCAUCCAUAAACUCAACCAAACGAUUAAGGAAAAAGAUUCUCUAAUUGGACAGUUACAACACCGAUGUCAGCUGCUGGACAACAUUUGUAAAAGCCGUCCAUUACUGGACAGUAUGCUGGCUCAGAUGGCCGAGGCAGAGAGAAUGGGGCCUGUCAGAGACUUGGGGAAGCCCACGACCAACAGCUCUCUCACGGACGGAGAAUCCAACUGCAGCCCCAGCCGCCUCUCCAACCACAAAGACUUCUCACUCAGCGAGGACGACUCUGAUGAUCAGGAAUUAGAUGGGGUUGUGUUUGGGACCACUGUAUGAGAGUCUCUGUUCAACUGGUCCUCGUCUCAGGUUUAGCAGCCUGUGUGUUUUGAUGGUUACAGUUGAUUCAGUGUCUGGUCAUCAUUUGAUUAAAAUAUCAUAAUACAGGUUACAUUGUGAAUGGGAUUCCACUGUAAAGAGAGAAUGCCUGGUCAAUUCUGGCUGAAUCCAUGUGCAAAGUGAUGCAAGUAUGCCACAUAUCAUUUAGAUUUGUCCCUCAGACCAGUUUUAUUUAGGUUCGGUUUAGUCACGCACAUGACAAGCAGGAAAAAAAUAUGUAUAUUUUGUGGCCACGACUUACUAAUAUGUCAGCCCGUUUGACUAAUUCGUUCCCUCAUUUUAAGUAAACUGUGUGAAUGAUGAUAUAAUUCUUUCCCUUGGUUUACUAAAUUAGGGCUAAAUUCGUUCCUUUGUUUUAGUUAAAUCAAAUCGAGGGAACAAAUUAGUUUAACAUGGCCACGAUUUAUAUAUUUUGCAUGUUGUGUGGGGUUCUAGUUUAAAACGGGCUACCUAGUUUUCUUUUGGUUGUUUUUCCUUAUAUUUUUAACUUUAAAUUUGCAUAUAUAGUGAUAUUUUACUCAACUAUUUAUACCUGGAUUUAUUAGGUCAUGUGAAUAUCAGAGAAGAAAGUUUUUUAAAAUUUACUGUUACAUGCAGUCCAUCUGCCUGUUUCAUUUGUUAAAAUGUGAUCCAGUCCUGUUUAAAAAUGUUUUGGAUACAGUGGAUAUCACCUACAUGUAAUAUACUGUGCUUGCUGUUUUGUUGGAGCUUCUCAGUGAACAGUUGCAAGUCAUUGACAGCGUACAAAUGAUGGAUUCUGGUUUAGGUUAGAUUAGAUUGUGGAUUUAUCCACUAAUCUGUUCAUAGAGCCUUCGUAGUUAGAGUUAGAUUUAGAUCCAGUGUCAUCGGGUGUACGCCAUGCAUUGUUUACAAAUAGACAUACUUUUACGUCAUAAAUCACCCUUUGGCCACCAAUUUACAUUGAAAAUCAUUUGCAUACCUAUGCUGGAAAGCAAACUUAAAGGAAUAGUUCACCCAGUAUUUUAAGUUUUGUCAUUGUUUACUCAUUCUCGUGUCAUGUCACGGCAGGUUGCACACCUGUAUGACUGUCUUGUGCAGGACACAAAAUAUAUUUUGAAGAACGCUGGGGUCCAAUGGACAAAAAAACAGGCAUCUUUUGUGUUCGGCAUCCUAUAGAUUAGCAAUAGAGGGUGAAUUCUCAUUGUUUCAUUGUUACAUUCUUCUCUACGUAUGAAGUAAAACAGUUCCUGAAAGACUCGGUUACCUAAUGGAAUUAUUUAUUCUGAAAAAUUAUUCUUGCGCAGUGUUGGGAAACUUUUACUUUUAAAAGUAAUCCAUUACAAUAUUACUCCCUAAAAAAAGUAACUAAUUGUGUUACUUUUUAUGGAAAGUAAUGUGUUGCAUUACUUUUGCAUUACUUUUUCUCAUCUGAGCUGGGCUGUUUGUGUUUUUUUGGCAAAUGUAAAGGCCCUUUCACACCAAACGUUAAAUGAAUAAGCCUUAGGGUGAAGGAAAUGCAAAUUCAUGUCUGUACAGUAGAGGGCGCAGCUCAAACAAACAAACACCUCAGCUGUACUGCAAUUGACCCUUUGCGGGAGUUUGAUUGACAGGCGAUCUAACCAAUCAUAACGCCAAAUCCGCCAUUUUGUCCGACAAAGCAGUCAGGGGAGUUAGUAGAUUAACGUUGGUGGACUUGAACUUGAAAAAUGAUGUGUACUGACGUCUUUCUGUGGUUCAUUCAUGUUUAUUUGAUGAUAUAAAUUAAGAGAUGAUCGGUUCGUGAGCUGCUUGAUCUGAGACGCUACAGCGAUCUGUCACGGCACAUUAAAGAGCCACAAAAUGGUAUUUAUUUAAAUUUCUUUAAAAAUUACAAAAUUUGAGACUUCGUUUCAUAUCAAAAGCAACCUGCUCUGUUUUGUCUGUCGACGCAUUGUCAGCUUCCUCUUUGCUCCGCGUUGUAUUUUUCGCUGCGUGAGAACGUGUGUGGCGUGAGAGCGGCAUGGCUUGUCGGACAUAGCAACAGUAACUAAAGGAGGCGGGUCUUCGCAAACAGUCAAUUCUGGAUCACAUAAGAAUAGGACUUACAUAAUAGUAACUUGCGUUACUUAUUUGAAAAAGUAACUCAUUUGCUGUAAAUAAAAGCAUUGCGUUACUUUACUAGUUACUUGGAAAACAUAAUCUGAUUACGUAACUCAAGUUACUUGUAAUGCGUUACCCCUAAAACUGUUCUUGAGUGCUAAAUAUCUAAAUUGUGAGCUUGUAUAUAUUAAAAGGGUUUAAAUAUGUCUUAAAUUUUAGAUUGGGUGAACUGUCCUCUUAACUAUUCCUUUUUAAUCACAUUACAAUUUGAACAAUGAUAUAAGGUUUGUUAACAUUAGUUUAUGCAUGUAUCAUGGACUAAAAAAAUUUUUUUUUUUUUUACAGCAUUUAUUAAUAUAAUGUUUAUAUAUAUAUAUAUAUAUAUUAUAUAAUUACUGUUCAUUAUUAGUUCAUGUUAAUUAUACAAUUUGCAAAAAUUAACAGUAAAAAAAUGAACAAUAACAAUGCUGUAAAAGUUUAUUUCACGUUAGCUGCUGCAUUAACUAGUGCUAAUGUAAAGGGCUAACUAAACUGUGAAAAUGUUUUCCUCCAGUGUAGUGAGUGAUGCUUAUUUCAUAUUUAAACAAAGAUAUGCAGUGGAAACUCAUAAGCAACAGGACUGAACCAUGGGAGUAAUCAGUUUUUGAGAGACCCUACCACCAUUGUGUUGAGCAAAGCUGCUGCUGACCGCCAUAUGGUGUACACCAAACAUACACUGUAAUUUAUGGUGUACUGUAUAUAAUUAAGUGAUCUAUGCAGUGAAGUUGUUCUCUGAGAGCCUCUCUUAAUAAAACAGCUAGCACUUCCCACCAGAUAAACGGAGCAAUUCCAACCAAGCUAAAGCUGUUGCUUACACAAUUACAGGUUGAGAAAAGUGAAAAAGAGUGUAAAAGCUUUCAUAUGUUGGAUAUCUUAUAUAACCAUUUGCAACUGUCCUUAUAUUUGCUAUUAUUUCAGUUCUGCAGAUGAUAAUGUGAUGUCAAUGCAUAUAGACCUUUCUCCAAAUUCGGCCUAGCAAAAUGAAGUCUAUGCAAGUCUGUUAUGUUUUGCCAUAUUUAUUCAGAGUCAAGCUGUGUGGAAAGCCAGAUGGAGGGGAGCCAUUCUGUAGUGAAUGAGUGUACUGAUGAUGGGGCAUUAUUCAUGUACAGCGUGUCAUUUGUCCUGUUAAGAUGUGAUGGUUACACAAUAUUUUCGUGUUCGUUUUAAGAGUUACAUGUGGUACUGAACUGCAGCAUGGUAAUUUUACAUAUUGGGGCAUGUCAUAUUUGUCUUGCUAGUGCCCUGUACAGAAGUGUGUUUGCUAACAUUUUUCUCUACAUAUAAAGUAAAACAGUGCCUAAAAGACUCAUGGUUACUUGUUAAAUGGAAUUAUUUAUGCUGAAAAAAAAAAUUCAAAUAAAUUAUUUUGUUAUUCUUUAGUGCUAAA